AUGGUUCAGGUACUGGCCAGGAAACCUGAAGAUUCUGCUGGAACUCCUGUGACAUCACAGAAAGAAUGUACCGAGGAUCCAUCAAUAUUGUGCCAGGAUUUUGCUACAGCUCUGAAGUGUGGAAGUUUGGAGCGCUGCUAUCAGAUGCUGCAAGUUAAUAACCCUAAAAAUUUAAAAUGCACUCUUUGUAAACUCAUUGUAGUCUUGAUGGCAAAGAUUGUUCAAGACAAUACUACAGAUGAAAAACUUGCUAAGUUUUUUGAAAGUGGAUGCCAGUAUCUUCCCUUCCAGGACUGGUCACUCAAAUGCAAGAAGAUGGUGGACACUGGAGUGAUCGUUAUUAUAGAGCUUGGUAAACAAGUUCAGGAUAGACCUGAAAUUGUGUGUUGUGCUUUUCUACUCUGCAAUCAGCCACAGAGUCCUGACAGAGCGCUGAAGUUUCAGAACCAACUAAAAUCAGAAGAAUGGCCUGAAAUAACAGAGCUUCGUGACAUGCUGUCUCCCUUCAUAGCUAAUGUGCCUCUUCUCUUCAGUCAAGAUAAACCCCAAACAGAGCCUUGGAGUAAUGGAGAUCUCUGUCAUGAAUGCAAGAUGGUGGCUAUAGAAAUACACGAAAUCUUGAAGAACAGCCCCUUCCUUAUGCAGACUUUGGAGGAUUAUGCCAAGCAGAAGUGUGAAGGUUUGGGGACCCACAUGGCAGAUGAGUGCAAGAAAUAUGUCCCUGAAUACGCACAUGCUUUUGUGCAAUUCCUCAUGUCUCUCUUGCCACCAAUGGGAAUUUGCGGUAAAAUUGGAUUCUGUGACACUACAAAAUCAGAGCCUUUUCAUCCUUUGAAGGCAAUGGACUACUUUUCAGACCUGUUUGGAGCAGUAGUUAAGACAAUUUCAGAUGCAGAUAAACCUCAUUUGAUGUGUGAUAUGUGCAAGAAAGUCGUACAGGUGGCAGAGAACUUGGUGGAGAACAAUAACACAGAAGAGCAAAUAGUCCAUCAGAUGGAGAAUGUUUGUUACAUGUUGCCUCAUGAAGUCGUUCCUCAGUGCAGGGACUUUGUGAAUUCUUAUGGAAUGGCAGUUCUCAUUAUGCUGUUGGAGGCUACUAAACCUGAAUCCGUGUGCAUUAUGCUCAAAUGUUGCCCAGAAGAUGUAUCUUUAAGCACCGUAGCUUUUGAGAAAGUAUCAGAAGACAAGGAUAAUGAAAUAUGUCACAUGUGUAUAGUUCUUGUUAAUUAUAUUGAUAAUGAACUGGAGAAGAACGAAACACAAGCCCAGAUUGGAUCUUUCCUUGCUAAAGGAUGCCAACUACUCCCCGAUGCUUUCGUAUAUACAUGUGAUCAACUGGUGGACCAAUAUGAACCAGCUGCUGUCCAACUCCUGAUACAAGUCAUGCAAGCAUCCUUUGUAUGUGUGAAAAUAGGAAUUUGUCCUGAACCCCAUCUUGUGGGAAUGGAGGCCUGUUCCCGGGGCCCUACUUUCUGGUGCAAGAAUCUUGAGACUGCAGAGCAAUGCCAGGCCAUUGAAUACUGCAAACACCACAUAUGGAUCUAGAGGAUGAGGUCACA